AUGGCUCCCACGCCAAAAACUACGCCAAUUCGCCGGCCCCUGACCUUGAAAGGAGUCGAGAGAAAGAAGCCUGGGCCAGCGCCGAAACCCUUGUCUGAGAAGCUCAAGGCGAAGGCCCUCAAGCAGAUUAAACGCGUCGAACGAAGCUACACCCGCGAGCGCAAGAUCGAAGUAUUGCUUUAUCUCCUUACCCACCGCGUCCCGGACUCUGGCCCCCGAAAAACACCACGCCGCCGGAUUGGCCAGCCCCAAGAAGAUUGCUCAACACAACCGGUUGUCGAGAAUGAGAAUGGAGAACUUGUUUGGUACAGAGCACCCACGUACGCCGAAGCUUCGGACUUUUGGAAGAUUCCUACGCCAACGAUUCAGGGAUGGUGGGAUUCACGGGACAAACUACUCGAGGGGACGGGUAUUGAAGUCCCCAAGGUCGGGCCAGGAGGUGUUCCAAAGGCGUUGGAAGGCUGGAAACCACUGAGCCAGCGUUCAACAUUUCGAACCAAAGAAGGAAUGCAGCAGGAGGAACCAGUGGUGACGGUUGCGAACCCAAAUUCGAACGGUGCCACUCCAACUCCCUCGUCAUCUGCUGGGGCUUCGUCUGCUGUACCAAUAACAACAGCACCGAUGACCCCGUCCGUUCGAAUCAUAGGUCGUGUGAAUCCACAACCGCAUUACAAACCACCUCCGCCAGCACCUCGACCAUUUGCCCCAUUAGCCCCCGCUCCGGCACAGCAAAUGCCACCGGCUCAAAAUAGGCCAGUGGCACAGGCCCCUCCGGUUCAGACCCCUCCCGUCGCGCCAGCAAAUCGGCCGGCAGCCCAACCAGCUCCGCAGCAUGCUCCGCAACCCGGAAAACCUGGCCUCCAACCCGCCGCACACCAGGCUCCGGCGUAUCCACAAAUACCGCCGGCUUUUGACCCUUCAAACUAUGUUGUGCUAUACACUGGGCCUCAUCCCGGACCUUGGAGCUAUCCUGGGCAGCAUUGCAUACCGCCGGGCACGGUGCUGCCCAUUGUUUACGCCGGGCAACCAGUCGAGCUCGGGCCGCCAUGUUUUGUGACUGUAUAUCCCGGCCCACCUUCGUCUGCGCUUACGCCGCCAGCUCCGAGUAACAUGCACAACCGGGCUCCACAACCGGCCCCGCAAACCGGUCAACAUUCGGCAGGUCAAGCCCAAGGCCCACCACAAGCUCCGCAUCCCGGACAACAGCAAACUCCACCACCACCACCCGGUUAUCGUCCGCCACACGUAUCAAAUGGACCUCCGCCUAAUGCCCAACCUCCACAAGGGCAAAGACCAACUGGACCGUCGCCGCCAGUUCCAUAUGUAGGACCGUCAGGAUACAUCGGCCCAUAUGCACCACCUGGGUUCGCACCAGCUAACCAAGCCGGUCCACCCCCGCAACCACAGAACGCCGUAUCCCAAGGCCGGUCCUCAUUACGGACACCAGGUGCGAACACCGGACGUGCCAGCAAGCCGAAGUCUCGAGUCCAGCCGCCUCCGGCCGUGCCCAACGGUGUCAGUACCCAGCUUGAGUCCGGAAAUAAUGGUCAAACUCCCGUUGCAGCCCAAGACCCAUCUGCGGCCGGUUCUACUUCUAGCUCUGAUGCGUCUGUCUCUACACCUGCGGAAACUCAGGUAACUGGUUCGGUCGAUGUACAACAUCAAGACGCCAGCAACGACAAAAAUCGGCCCGACAGUCAUGUUCACGAUCAGGCCAGUGAACCGACGCCCAGCACUCAGGCGCCGAUGUCGCCAAGUGGUGAUCAAGAUGGGGUGGUGCCAGCAAAUACUGUCUCAGGGGAGUCAACAGCAAUAGAUCGAGAUUCCUCGUCUGCGGAGGCUGAUUCAGAAAAGGCUGCGGCAACGACCCUAGAAGAAACUAUGCAAGACCCCACACCACAAGAAGAGACGAACGUCACUCCCACAACGGCUGAAGACGAUACCGCGAUGGAGGAGGUGCUGGAGCAUGUCAUGGAGGAGGCGAUGAAGCAAGAGGCGAUGCUGGAAGACUCGGCUGGUGGUGAGACACCUGCUUCUUUGUCGGGGUUGUCCUCGCCUAAUGAUGGCGCGGAUGCGACGCGGAUGGAAAUCGACAGUGAAGAGGCAAAGUACUCGUCACCGUCACAGAACGGGGAGGCGUAUGAGACACCGUAUGAAACGCCUGCUGUUGUUGAGACUGACGGUGAUGAUGAGGGUGAUGAGGGUGAUGAGGAUGAUGUCAUGGUUGAUACACCGCCCGAAGACAAUGCACAACCUGCUUCGUCAGAGGCGGAGGCAGUGGAGAGUGAAGAGGAGUAG